CAUCACUUUGUCUACAUUUAUGUCAAAAUCUAUUAAAAUGACAAUUACUAAACUAAUAAUUAUUCAACUUAAAAUAUGUAUUUAUUUUCCAGCCGAUGGCAUGACCUAUUCGUUUGGCGUGUUCUAUGCGGAGUUCCUGACCUACUUCGAAGAGGGCAAAGGCAAAACCGCUUGGAUCGUCUCCAUCCUCGUCGGGGUCACCCUCAGCUCAGGUCCCAUAUCGAGUUCGUUCGUGAAUCGCUGGGGCUGUAGAACGGUGACCGUUGCUGGUGCGCUACUGUCGGCGACUUGUGUGGUGAUUUCUGCUUUCGCGAACAAUGUGCUCACGCUCAUUGUCACCAUCGGCGUUGGCGCUGGAUUCGGGUUCGGCCUCAUUUACCUGCCUGCCAUCGUCAGCGUCACUGUUUGGUUCGAACGAUACAGGAGUCUUGCUACAGGCAUAGCAGUAUGCGGGUCCGGACUUGGAACAUUCUUAUUUGCACCAAUCACGUCAGCAUUAAUUACAAAAUAUGUGAGAGGAGCCAUGGCGAUCAUCGGUGCGCUUGUCCUCAACUGUAUCCCAUUGGGCCUCAUAUUCCGACCUGUGCCCGAGCGCCCGCGGACGCCAGUCACGGAACCGAUGCUGCCCAAAAACAAGUCUCCUCUCAAAAGAUCUCAAAGCACGGAACAAGUGACUAAAGCAAAUGGAAAGGUGGAUGAUGGAGAUAUUGCAAGGCUAACUCUUUCGCAACCUGCUUUAAACAAGCCACACGAACAAAAACAACAACCAUACUCUCGGCACGGCAGUGGAAUAAUGCAGAGACCUGAUGUCUUGUACCAAGGAAGUAUGACCAGCCUUGCCAAGUUCAGGGCACCAUCGCCCGAAAGAGCGCACACCUCCAAAGAAGAAAGAGAAGAGAGGUGCGAAUGUUUACCCUGCUCGGCAGAAUCGAGAGCUGCUUUGUCUGAAAUGUUGGACUUGUCUUUACUUGUGGACCCAAUAUUUAUAUUAUUUGCAGUCUCAAACUUUUUAACCAGCAUUGGUUUUUACAUACCAUAUGUUUAUACAGUGCCUAUGAGUGAAAAAUUGGGAAUAGAAAAUCCACCGUAUUUAAUUUCUAUAAUAGGAGCUGCGAAUCUGGUGGGAAGAAUUAUUUUGGGAUACAUAAGUGAUAAGCCGUGGGUGAACCGCUUAUUAGCUUAUAAUUUAUGUCUUACUAUCGCUGGAAUAAGUACAGCAAUGGCAAUGUUUUGCUGGGAAUUUUGGGGUUUAGCUAUGUAUGCAACCACAUUCGGCUUUACUAUUGGUGCUUAUGUGGGACUAACAUCUGUAGUGCUCGUCGAUCUUCUUGGCCUGGAGAGACUGACAAAUGCGUUUGGUCUACUUCUACUGUUUCAAGGGAUCGCUUCGCUUAUCGGACCUCCUUUCGCAGGUUUACUAUACGACGCCUUGCAGUCGUAUGCGCCAGGAUUUUACGUGGCGGGAGGCACCAUAUCUUUGAGCGGAUUGAUCCUGUUCUUCAUCCCAGUCAUCGAAAGGCGGACUAACAGGAAACGGUGGCUCCAGGAAACCGCACUGGAGACAGUAUAGCAGGACGCGUUGCAGGUCCGCGGCGCGAUUACCCCGUGAUCGUGCUUAACAGCCCCUCCACGCCCUCCUCUGCCGGCUCCACGGAGGACACCUAUAGUAACAGGGUAUACAAAAAUGCAAUAAUGGAUGAUCAUUUCUACAUUAACGAUGAAGAUAUAUGCGAAUGUGGAGAUGGUGCGACGGAUGAAUGCGAUGAACAUUACUAUGAUACCCAUCGAGCUCAUUCCAGAUACAAUGUUGGGAGUACAUUUGAAUACGUAGAUAGUGUUAAAGAAAAAAGUGCAAUAUAAAUGUUUAUUUUUUCUCCUUUAGUUCAUAUAUUAAAAGGAGCGGCAGUUUUGUGUUAUUUUAAGAACUGCAACAAAUUAUUAAGAUUAAGUGAUGUUCGCUGUCGGCUAUGCAGUGGUGUCAUAAAGUGUGAAUAUGAACGGCGCAGAGCGACAGCUGUAAUACUUAUUACUUUUUCGAUUGGCCAGUUACCAAUAAUCGUAGAACAUGAAGUAUGUUCGCUCACGUACGAGCGCAUACGAUAUUGUUAGAACGUGUGGUUUUACGCCAUACACGGCCUUAUUGCGGACCAAUCGUGGCUAGAUGUGAUGAGAUCCAAAAGUACCUAACAGAAGCAUAAACUGCUUUGUGAUUUUAGAGUAAUAAUUUUAAAAUACAAUUAGUUUUGUAUAGUACUCAUAGAAUUUUAUUUGUUGUACAUUGUUCUCUUCAGUUCUCAGCGACUAGUGAUAUCUCUCAAGUUGUGUUCAAGUAGGUAUAAUUGUUUAUUGAAACUCUUUAAUUUCCGCUGUAAAUUAUAAUUGAAUAGCUACAUCUAAUGUAUAUAUUUACUACUACGUACAUAUAUUGGACUGAAUUAGAUAAUCAUACAAUGUAUUUUAUCAUUUAUAUGACUGGACUGUGCUGAUAUUCUUCGUACAAAUCUUUAUCUCUUUGUAUUAUACUGUUGGCAUUCUAGCGAUCGUAUAUAAUGCGAUUUCAGUGUACAUAAAUGUUACUCUAUGUAAGGUACUAUGCCUAAUAAUAUUUAAAUAUAUAUUGUCCACCGCC